ACGUCGUCCGGAAGUAGCUUUACGUCCAGGGUCACGCCUUCCCAGCGCGCCUGAGCGCCUCCGCAGUUGUUAAGCGGCCUUGGAUACCUGGCUGCGGCAUGCUGGGCGGCGUCAGGUGAAGAUGGUGGUCACUGGGCUUCAGGUAACCAUGGAGAAGGAGCUUCGUAGCAUCAUUCUUUUCAAUGGAUACAAGAAGGAGAUAUUUACCACCAACAAUGGCUAUAAAUCCAUGCAGAAAAGACUUCGAAGUAAUUGGAAGAUUCAGAGCUUGAAAGAUGAAAUCACAUCUGAGAAACUAAUUGGGGUGAAACUGUGGAUUACAGCUGGGCCAAGAGAAAAAUUUACUGCAGCUGAGUUUGAAGUUCUGAAGAAAUACCUCGACAGCGGUGGCAAUAUCCUUGUGAUGCUAGGAGAAGGUGGAGAAUCUAGAUUUGAUACCAAUAUUAACUUCUUACUAGAAGAAUAUGGAAUUAUGGUUAACAAUGAUGCUGUGGUUAGGAAUGUGUAUUACAAAUAUUUCCAUCCUAAAGAAGCUCUAGUUUCCAAUGGAGUCUUAAACAGGGAAAUUAGCCGAGCUGCAGGCAAGGCUGUGCCUGGAAUCAUCGAUGAGGAGAGCAGUGGAAACAAUGCCCAGGCUCUCACCUUUGUCUAUCCUUUUGGUGCCACGUUGAGUGUCAUGAAACCAGCAGUGGCUGUUCUGUCUACAGGCUUUGUCUGCUUCCCUCUUAACAGACCCAUUCUGGCUUUCUAUCACUCAAAGAACCAAGGUGGCAAGCUGGCAGUACUUGGUUCGUGUCACAUGUUCAGUGACCAAUAUUUGGAUAAAGAAGAAAACAGCAAGAUCAUGGAUGUGGUUUUCCAGUGGCUCACAUCAGGAGACAUCCACCUAAACCAGAUUGAUGCUGAGGACCCAGAGAUUGCUGACUACAUGAUGCUGCCUGACACAGCCACCCUGUCAGAGCGGUUUCGAGCAUGUCUCCAGGAGGGUGAUGAGCACACGAGGGACUUUACCACCCUCUUUGGCCUGUCCAUUUACCAACUGGAUACCACCUCCCUCCCCAAGGUCAUCAAGGCUCAUGAGCAGCUAAACGUGAAACAUGAACCACUCCAGCUUAUCCAGCCUCAGUUUGAGACGCCGCUGCCAGCCCUUCAGCCUGCGGUUUUCCCUCCUAGUUUCAGGGAAUUACCACCCCCUCCUCUGGAGCUGUUUGAUUUAGAUGAGACAUUCUCCUCUGAGAAGGCACGGCUUGCUCAGAUUACCAAUAAAUGUACUGAGGAAGACCUGGAAUUCUAUGUCAGGAAGUGUGGUGACAUUCUUGGAGUAACCAGUAAACUACCAAAGGAUCAACAAGAUGCCAAACAUAUCCUUGAACACAUCUUCUUCCAAGUGGUGGAGUUCAAGAAAUUGAACCAGGAACAUGACAUUGAUACAAGUGAAACAGCAUUCCAGAACAAUUUCUGAUGACUGUGCCUCUUGAAGCAUUUUCUGCCUCCUGGUUCUUUGUAAACUGUUUUUUAAUUAUUCCUCAACUCCUUAUCCAAAUUGUCUAUACACUCUUUUGUCUAUGA